AUGCAGUCCGGAAUAUCAGCAUCCGCCGACCUACAAAAUGCAUUCGCAGCCUUCGCCUCCGACAGCGCUCUCUUCGCCCUCCCAGUAACCAUCAGCAAUGAGUCCCUCAACGCCCUGCCCGCAAUCCCCUUCCCCUCGACCACCUCGUCAGCAACACUUGUUUCCUCUCUCUCCUCUCUCGAACAAAUCCUCUCCCCAACAAUCCCACUAUACCUCCUCCUCCGCAAAACCCCCACACCAACCUCUCCACUCCUCGCAGCAACAUACAUCCCCUCCCGUGCCCCCGUCCGCCAGAAAACCCUCUUCGCAUCCACACGCGCGAGUCUGGUGCGGGAACUCGGGUCCGAGAAAUUCUCCGAGACGCUCUUCCUCACGGAGAAAGAAGAGGUGCUCGACCCUAAGACGUGGGCGGACGCCGACUCCUCAAGCGACGAUGCUACCUCUGGCGCUGGCGGUGGAUCGGGCACGAACACCGCGCUGCUCAGCACGGAGGAGCGCGAACUACAGGCCGUCAAGCGCGCCGAAGAGGAGGCCCGCCACGGCACACGAGGCAGGGAUUUGAUGAACGAAGGCGGCUCCGGCGGUGCAGUGUCCCUCGGGGGUGGAGGGUCCGGCACGCACGGCGUGUCGAUGAAGGUGUCGGACGAGGCGCGCGAGGGUCUCGCGGCCGUGAAAGCCGCGCUGGACAACGGGACUGGCGGGGCCGGUGUCCUCGUGCAAUUCGGCAUCGAUAUUCCCAACGAGACGUUCACGCUGGUCAAUGCCCCGCAACAAGGCGUCGCGCCUGCAGACGUGCAUCGCAACAUCCCCGCGGAUCGCCCGACCUACAGCGUCUACGCUCCGGGCCGAGAGAGUGGGAUCAACGGGGUGUUGUUCAUCUACGUGUGUCCCGGCACGAGUAAAGUCAAGGAACGCAUGGUAUACGCCAGCAGUGGGCGGUUUUUCGUCACGUAUGCAAAGGCCGAGUUUGGCAUCACGGUGUUGAAGAGGUUGGAGGCCAGUGAGCCGGAGGAUCUCGAUGGCGCCAGGAUCCCAGAGGAGAUUGCCGCUCUGAGUCCUCCUGUGGCUGGUGAUGGCGGCGCGGAUAGUGCGCCGGGCAGUGGCACGGCUACGCCUAGAGGUGGUGGGUUUGCGAGACCGAAGAGGCCGGGAAAGAGAUAA